AUGGUGAAUAUAUGGUUCACUAGGAACAAGGUAUUUUUUGAUAAUAUUGCUCCUGAUGUACUGAACGCAAAGAAGAGAAUAACAAGAAUGGUAAAGGACUGUGAAAUAAGACUUAGAGGCUACACAAAUAAAUAUGACUAUGAUUUACAGGUUCUGCAUUUCUUUGAUAUACAAUACAGGAAGAUGAAGAUUACUAAAAUCAUUGAAUGCCAUUUCACAUUAGCCGAUGAAAAUACUACUCUACUUUGUUGUGAUGGAGCUUCAAGAGGUAACCUUGGUAAUUCUGGCUAUGGUUUUAUAAUUAGAGAUCAUACAGGUCAGUUCAUAGCUGCUGAGAGUGGAGGACUUGGAGUAACAACAAAUUUUGUAGCUGAAAUUAUGGGAACCUUAUGUGCUUUGGAAUGGGCAGUAAAACAUAACAACCUCCAAGUUAUUGUUAAUACUGACUCAAAUGCAGCAAUGUCGGUCUUUUCCAACAACAAAUUACCUUGGUUUGUAUGGGCCAGAUGGAAAUUGGGUUGCAAGACUUUGAGGAAAAUUCAUUUCAAUCAUGUUUACAGGGAGAUCAACUUUUCUGCUGAUUUCUUUGCAAAAAAAGAAUGUCACCUGCUAAGAGGGAAAGUUCUACAGUUCUCCUCUAGACCAAUCAAUAUGCAGAGAACGGAAUUCCCUGGCUUACCAUAUUUUCGAUUUGCUUGA